CGGUUAUGCCAACCUCAAUAUGUGCCCCAAGGGAGCCCCAUAAGGGACAGUGACAAUAUCCGCCUCGAUUCAUGGCUAAAAAAAACCCUAAUCCAACAGUAAGAAAAAAAAAUCUAUUGAUUGAAGAUGAAAUACACGAGCUUGUGGCACGUUAUUUUAAUACUAUUCUCAUGUUUUGGUGUCAGGUGUGCUGACAGCGACAAGUUACAAAUCAAUUACAAUAAGACAAAAGAUGAAACAACUACUGCUGUGCCAGCGUUUAAUGCGUCGACGAGAGUGGUUGUUGCUAAUGAAACAACCCCGAGUACACUGAUCUCCAGUGUGACACCUGUAACUGAAAAAUACACCACCUCGCCUACGUCACCCACUGGUACACUCUAUACAACGAAAAAUAAUCAAUAUUUGAGUACUAACACGGCUAGAUUGAGUACAACUACUGCGAUGCCACUGGGUACAUCGCGUACAAUCGUCAAGAGGCAAUUUGAUACACUUAGUUUUAUGGGUGGAUGUCUAUUUACUGUAACUAUUAUCACCGUUGGAGUAUUCAUAUGGAAGAUGUACGAAGCUAAAAUCGAACGUAGCUAUCUAACAAUCUAGCUGAAUUGUCACUAAUUAAUUGAUGAAUAAAAAAUAUUUUUCUACGUUUAUAAUA